AUGGAGAACGAAAUAACCCUAAUCUCAAUCUGCACGCAGACCAGCACUCCCUCUCCUCCUCCUGCUCCAGUGUCUCAAGACCCCAGCAACGAAACCUCUCCCUCUCACCAUGGCCCCCGCUUUGGCACCAUCAUCCCUAACCGCAUCUUUGUGGGAGGCAUUGAUUUCAAGACCAAUGAGAGCGACCUGAGACGCUUCUUCUCCCAGCAUGGAGCAGUGAAGGAGGUGAAGAUAGUGAUUGACCGUGCUGGGGUGUCAAAAGGAUAUGGCUUUGUUACCUUUGAGACCCAGGAAGAUACAGAGAGAAUCCUUCAUGAUGCUGACAGACUGUGUUUCCGGGACAAGAGGCUCAACAUCGGCCAGGCCGUCCGCAAGCAGCAAGUGGGAGGUCACCCAAACAGCUUCUCUGUGUCCAGCCAUACUCCUGCCAUGAUACCCACCCCCUGUGGAACCAUGUACCUCACCACCCCUACGGGGUACCCCUACACCUACCACAACGGAGUGGCUUACUUCCACUCCCCAGAGAUGAGCCCCUCCGCCCCCUACCACUGGCCCUCCCGCUCAGUGCCUGGCUCUCCAGUCAUGCUGACCCACCAGCCUCCACCCAUCUACCAGCAGCCAGCCUACCAUCACUACCAGGCCCCUACACAGUGUCACCCUAGUCACCUGCAAUGGAACGUUCCUCAGUCUCCAGUGCCCUCCAGCCCAGUGUUGUACAUGCAGCCCUCUGAGCUCCUGUACCAGCCCAUGGAGCAGCCCAGCGACGGGGGCUGUGUCCAGCCUGCCAUGCCCCUCAUAGAGGCCCCCAUCCCAGAGCAGCAGUUCAUCGACCACAUGGUGCAACCAGCCUACAAUCACACGUUGUCAUACUACCCACCAAGUCCAGGGGGGAUGACACCUGUGAUGAUACAGCAAGAACCAGGAAAGGAACAGAAGUUCCACACCAUGAGGCGAGGUUACCCCUCCUCGCCGGUCAGCCUGAAGCCCAGGUACGGCCGCAACCCGCACUACGCCCACCUGCGCAAGGAGUACCGCCCAGAAAUCACCACUGACCCCUCCCCUCCGCCCGCCACCGAACCACUCAAGUAGAGUAUAUCCACGUUUCCUUUCAGCCAAUGAAACGCCCAUCUCCUCAGGCAGAAAGACCCACUUCUCUAUCUCUCCACCCGCUUCUCAAUCUCUCCAUGACCCUGACUCCUCCAACCCUUCACACACAUUAUAUUAUUCAGUCCAGACAACUAUG